UUGGUCAAAGGUUAUUUCAUAGUCCAAUAGAAUCACUUGAAUUAAUUAAAAAACUGUCAGUUACAAAAAUAGAAGUGCCCGUGUUUGCUAAAUUGAUGACGAAUUGAAAGCGACACAGAUCCCCAAAAAUUCACUCCUCAUCAUUAGGCAAAAGGAUAUCAGUAAUUCAUAUUGUAAUCUGUCUACGAAAACUUCUUAAUUGAUAGUUAUGGUGACCACGUUACUUUUGGUAUAGGUGACAAAAAAUUGGACAAUAUAUGACUGAGAGAAAAUUCGGGGUUCUUUUACAAAGAAGUUGAAAGCAAAAGAGUACUGAUACCAAAAAGAACAUUUUCAAAAUGUUAUUUUAAUGGAACUUUAAAAUCAUCGCGGAAAAAGGAAACCUUCAUCAGAAUGUCCCAGCCAUCGUCGGGAAUUGGAUCGUUUUCGAUUGAGUCCCUGAUAGCAAACUCUGCGUCUUCUCCUCGCUUCGGACGUUUCCUGGGCAACAACCUGAUGUUCAUGCCAACCAGCGCCGUGCCCCCGUCUCCGGUAAACAUCUCGCCUGAGAUGGCGCUACCCUUCCAGCAUCUGAUGCACCACCCGUAUCUCAGCGCGCGGGCUAUGCUUCCUGCUAACUACUUCCCGUCCAGAUCUCACUCCUUUGGACCGUUGCAGUCUUGGUCCGGACUACAUCAGCUGUAUUCCGGGAAAAUGGCGCCUGUACAGAGUGAGAGGAUGAUGUCCCCCUCCACGGGCAGUGAGUCACCGACAGGGUCCCCCUCACCGGUGGGGGUCUGCCACUCCAAGGCUGCGGACAUCAUUGACAACAACCGUCUUCCUCCCCGGGGUCACAUACAUGAAAAUCCCACAGCUUUGGACAAAGAUGACAAAGGGUUUGGUCAUAGCUCGAGAGAUGUAAGUGACGACGACAUCGACGAUACAGAAACGAUGUCAGUGUUCGAGGAGCCUCGGUCUCCAAACACACACAUCGAACAUGACCAAGAAACAAAAACAAUUCCCGAUAGAUCCGCGCCCGUGUCCAUAAAAACUAGACGGAGGAGGACAGCGUUCACUAGUGAACAGUUACUAGAAUUGGAGAAAGAAUUUCACAGCAAAAAGUACUUAUCGCUGACUGAACGAUCUCAUAUUGCACAUAAUCUAAAAUUAAGUGAAGUCCAAGUCAAAAUCUGGUUUCAGAAUAGGCGAGCCAAAUGGAAAAGAGUUAAAGCCGGAAUGAUUCAUGGAAGAGCAGGUCCCGACCAGCUAUCGAACAAACCCAAAAUUGUUGUUCCCAUUCCAGUUCACGUAAACAGACUUGCAAUACGCUCACAACACCAGCAGCUCGAGAAAACGAAUCGAACACCACACAGUCAUGUGCAAAUGUUUGAACGUCCAACAUGAGACCGUCAAGUGUUAAAAAACCCCAACCCCAACUACAUACGAUAAAAGGUACAAUACAGAUGCUGAACCAAGUUAGGAUGUCGAUAGAACAGGAUUAUGUAUAUUUGAACAAGGAAAUAGUGCACCAGUGAUUAUUUUGGAGUUUCUCAUCAUUUAGAUUAUGUCGUUUGGUCCUGUCAAUUUUGACAACCCCGCCCAGUGCGUCGGUUCUAGCUAUCUGGUUACCUUAAUUACGGAGAGCAAUGUGAGCAUUCGGAACAAGCUCUUUAUUCUAUAAUGAUCUGCGUGACGAUUUGUAGAGAGCUGAAAUUUCCGGCGUUUACUCAGGCUGUUUGAGGAGAUGGCCAUACUCCUCAAUUUAAAUAUCACAAUAUUUAUUCUUUUCUACAAAAAACCUCCCCAACGUGCAUAACACAUAUCGAAAAUUGCAGAGCAAACUGUAGAACCGAUCAGAGCUUCUUUAUGCAUUGGACAGCAUACAACACCAGGGAUAAAUGUCGCUCGAUGUUUACAUCAUAUAACCCACCCACAAUGAUUCCAUUUAAAUAAUACAAAGACGCUGACAUUACAUGUAAUUAUGAUGAUUAAAAACGGUUCAAUUUGGCUGUUAUAAGUCAACCUUUCGAACUUAAAGUUUAAAAAAUGUAACAAUUGUUUUGUAUAGAAAAAUAUCAGAUUAAUUUGAACAUGAUAUACCGGCAAGGUGUACUGAAAUAAAGAACAACUUCAAAUUUU